UUCAUGUUUGCUUCAGGUUGCUUAAUUCUUUAAUUACGUGUUCAAAUAUUCAGUGAAUAAAUAAAAAAAGCGUAACAUGAACAAAGAAGAAAUUUGUCAAUACUUCAGUGGCAUCAUUAAAAACGAUAAGGAUGUUUCUGCCGGCAUGGCUGCAAUUAGUACUUUAUUAAAAGUACUGGAACAUUCAAACUCCGAGACAGUUCAAGAGCUCCGAAUCUGCCUGAAAGAUGCAAUUGAUGCUAUGAGAUCCACCGAUACUUCAGUUACUUCAAUUGCCUCAGGAAGUGAAUUGUUUCUUCGUUUUAUCACGUUAGCUACACUGGACACACCUUCGUUUGCAGAUUGCAAGAAAAUUAUGUUGGAUAGAGGCAAAGUGUUCUAUGAGAAAUUAGUUGCAGCACGUGGAAAAGUUGCCAAAUUAGCAGCACAUUUCAUCACUGACGGUUCAAUUAUACUUACACAUUCAAAAUCAAGAGUAGUGUUGCAAGCAAUGAAGGAAGCUGCUGCAGAUAACAAAAUAUUUGAAGUAUAUGUUACAUCUUCAUCACCUGAUGGUAGUGGAGGAGACAUGUGCAAGAGCCUAACGAACCUGGGAAUAUCGUGUACCAUGAUCUUAGAUUCCGCAGUGGGAUAUGUGAUGGAACAAGUAGAUAUGGUAAUGGUUGGAGCUGAAGGUGUUGCGGAAAGUGGUGGCGUGAUAAACAAGAUAGGUACAUAUACAAUGGCGAUUUGUGCAAAAGAGAUCAAAAAACCAUUUUAUGUACUGACAGAAAGUUUCAAAUUUUCGAGAAUCUAUCCUCUGAAUCAAGUGGAUUUACCUGACGAGUUCAAGUAUACAUCCAGUACUCUACAAAAUAAUUUGAAAAAGGAACAUCCUUUAGUAGAUUAUACUCCGCCUCAAUAUAUUAGUCUGCUGUUCACUGAUCUGGGAAUUUUAACGCCUUCGGCUGUUAGUGACGAACUUAUUAAAUUAUAUUUAUAAUUUGAAGACUUUUUUAUUGUGUAUAUGCCGAAUUUAACCCUGUAAAAUUCCAUUCGAUUUACCAAACACAUGACAAAAAUAUAUACAUAUGUAUAUGUAAAUAUGAACAUUUCUGAUUGAUUAAAAAAGAAUUCUCUUCUCG